AUGGCAGACAGGCCUUCCGAAGCAGAUCUCGUUAUCCAGAGUACGGCGCUCCAGAUUCUCGCACUAUUGAGAACCAAGUACAGCAAGGGAGGCUGCACUGUUGAGGAUUUCAAGGAUGAGAUCGCAAGAGCUAUGGAUGCACAAAUUGAGAAGCGCGCGGAGAAGAAGCUGGACAAGGCCACGAAAGCUCGUCGUUCGUCUGCGCCGUCUCUGUCAUCUGACUCCGCGCUCUGCGAAGAGCGCUGA